AAUAUACGUUAAAGAAAGAAUGAAAUUCAAUGUAAAAAAAACAAAAACAAGAAUAAAACACGUUGGUAUUUUCUAGCCUCAUGGUAUUCAUUCAUGGAAUUACUGUUAGGUUCGUCUCUCGUUUAAUUUUCCAUGACACACGUUUUAAAUGAAUACAUUACGUAAGAGUGAGUAACCGCACGCUACCUGGCUGCAGAUGGACGCCAGCAGGUCUGGUUAGUUACUUUCACUUUUACCUUAUGCCGCGUGCCUCCCGCUGCCUUCCACUGUCCCACUCGUGUCUGACUAACAUCCAUGUUCUCGCAGGCGGCAGGAACCUCGCGGCGCUUCUGCUCCUGGCGCUGUGCGUGUGUGCUUCAGCUGAUGAGCGGUCAGGGCGCCCUGUGCAUCACGGCCAACUGAUCGACUCUCACACAAGUAGCGCCGCCAUUUUGUCCAACGACACGUUGGCUGAAGAAGAAGACACCGCCAACACCACCACCACCACCACCAUCACUACCAACGCGAUCCCAGAGACAGAGUCCCACGACAGGAGAGACUUGCAGGUCACCACCAACACCACCGCCGCCUUGGCUGAGGGGGGGUAAGUCACCUUCACGUCAAUUCGUUAUUUAGUGUUACUUAUGAAAGUCGCGUGCCAGUCUCUAAGUCGAGGUGUCGAGUGUUGUACUGACUGUGUGGUGUGUUCCCAGCGUGCCCUCAUGUACCGGCGCCGCGUCACCACCUGCGGCCGCGGAAACUCUAUCGACAGGCAGCCACGGAUCUUAACACCAGACUACAUUCUUGGCACCGCACACUUCGGGAAGUUCUCGUGGCAUGCCGCCGUGCUGAAGGGCAACAAGCAGUAUGUGUGUGGCGCCGUGCUGGUGGACGACCGCCACGUGCUGACCGCCGCCCACUGCGUGGCUGGGUUGGACACCCACGCCAUCAGGAUCCGUCUGGGUGACUGGGACGUGUCCUCCUCCAGCGAGUUCUACAGGCACAUGGACGUGUCCGUGCAGUGGAUCGUGGUGCACCCUGAGUACUACAGCGGCGACCUCAGGAACGACCUGGCCGUCACCAGGCUGCAGGCAUACAUCGACUUUGUCACCAACCCGCACAUCAGGCCCGUCUGUCUGCCGCCCCACCACGCUAACUUUGUGGGCCAUCGCUGUGUGUCCACGGGCUGAAGCAAGGACGCCUUCGAGAGCCACGGCAAGUUCCAGAGAAUCCUACGCAAGGUGGAGCUGCCUGUGGUGGACUGCUCCAUGUGCCAGACCGCGCUGGCCAACAAGCAUCUGGGCAGCACCUUCAGACUGCCCGCCGGGUCGUUGUGUG